CUAUCGCGCUGCCCCUACCGUCCCCCCCCUACUAUUCCUAAUCCUCCUCCACUUUCCCCGUGAGCAAAGCUCCCUGCCUUCCUCCAGCCCCUAACCCCCCCCUUACUACUUCUACUCAUCCUCCUCCUCCUCCUCGUCAUCCUCCUCCCCGCUCUCACUCCCGCUCUGCUCCCAUGGUGCUCCCCCCUUGCGCCUCUCGUGGGAUUCAUCCCCCCCGCUCUCACUAGAGCUCCCUGCUUCUUCGUCCUCAUCCGAGUCUGCUGCACGCUUCUCUUUGCCCUUCUUGGACCCGCCCAUCUUCUUUGCCCGCUUCCCGGCCUUGCGCUUGGCUGACCGCUUCUUCUUCCACCCCCCGGCUGCCCCGAACUUCCUCCAAUCGAUGGCACAGCCCACGGCAUCCUCCCCCUCCUCCUCCUCUGCCGGCUCGGUUUGCUGAGGGGGCGCCUCGGGCACGCUGCAGCCUUCCUUCAGCCUUCCAGAAUCAAGCCGUCGACUGAUAAGGUGCAGCCGACGGACUUCCAAGUCUCCUUGAGGGGCGACACCAACUCGAAGGUGUCGGCCUUCAACUUCUGGAGCAGGGGCCCCGACACCUUGUAUGCCGAGGGUAGCUUGUACGGCUUCCCGUACGCCACUGCCGCGUUCACGAAC